UGUUUCUUCUUCUGUGGGACAGGGCCACCAGGAACAGGCGAGGUGUAGGCUCGCUUUGCCAAUUACCUUUAACGAUUGUGGAAUUAAUAACAUUCAUUUCAGAAUACCCUUGAUCCACGUUUAGAUUUGGAUGGUAAUUAUGGAAGAUCCACACUUACUACAGUCGCUUUUCAAGGACUGAAUGGUAAAUUCAGUGAUAUCUUAAUCAUAUCAAGAACAUAGCGGAAUCAGUCCCACAGAAAUCGCGCUGCUAAAAUGGCAAUGAUGAAGGUGAAAUUUAAUAUGAAGAAAAGGGUUAAAUUGGCCCAGGGGCUGUGGCUGAUGAACUGGUGCGGUGUGCUGGCCGGCAUUGUCCUUUUCAGCAUGGGCAUAUUUCUUAAAAUCGAGCUGAGGAAGCGAAGCGAGGUCAUGGAUAACGCAGAAAGCCAUUUUGUGCCCAAUUCCUUGAUUUUUAUGGGUGCGAUGGGGUGCGCUCUGAAUGCAUUUGCUGGAAAAAUCUGUUACGACUCCCUGGAUCCUGCAAAGUUUGCGAAGUGGAAACCAAUGCUGAAACCCUAUCUGGUCAUCUGUCUGCUUUUCAACAUCUUCGUUUUUUUCAUUGCCGUGGUAUGCUUGGUGACAAGGGGGUCUCUCGAGAGCACCCUGGCUCAGGGGCUGAAGAACGGAAUGAGAUACUACAAGGACACCGACACCCCUGGGAGAUGCUUCAUGAAAAGGACCAUUGAUCUGCUGCAGAUCGAGUUUAAAUGCUGCGGGAACAAGGGGUACAGAGAUUGGUUCGAGAUUCAAUGGAUCAGCAACCGCUACCUGGACUUCAGCUCCAAGGAGGUCAAAGACCGGAUUAAAAGCAAUGUGGAUGGCAAGUACUUGAUCGAUGGAGUUCCCUUCAGCUGCUGCAACCCGAGUUCCCCCAGACCCUGCAUCCAAAUGCAAGUGACCAACAACUCGGCCCACUACAGCUACGACCACCAGACGGAGGAGCUGAACCUGUGGAACAGGGGCUGCAAGGACGCAUUGCUGAAUUACUACACCAACAUGAUGAGCACCAUGGGGGCUCUGGUGCUACUGGUCUGGAUCUUGGAGAUGACGGUCAUGAUCGGGCUGCGGUAUCUGCACACAUGUCUGGAGAGCAUUUCAAACCCUGAAGACCCCGAGUGUGAGAGCGAGGGCUGGUUGCUGGAGAAGAGCAUGAAAGAGACCGUCAGUUCUUUCUGGAACUUUCUGAAAAGUCUCGGUAAGGGGAACCAGGUGGAGAGCAGCGAAGGGGAAUCACCGGGAGUCACCACGGUCAGCUGAACACCGAGGCUUAUCAGGACGUUUCUAAAACCAAGCCAUCUUUUGAUGUGAAUAUUAAUCACUCCAUAAAAAAAGCCAAGGAAAACCAAUGUGACGUCAACAAAUAACAGGUUACAUUAACACAAUGCAGCCUAUACAUUUCUAACGUAAAACAAGUACAUAUAUAAGUUAGCUUUGCUUAAUAUUUUAAUUUGUAAAAAAAAAAUGAGCCUGUUUUUACAGUUUUUCUUUUCAGUAAGCUGUUGCAAUGACAUCACGUACUGUAAUUUAAAACCAAGUAUAAUGAUGUAUUAAAUGCUGU